UAAAUAAAAAUGAACGAUUAUUUUAUAGAAAUAUACCCUAAUUGUUCAUAUUUUUCCUUCUACAGAAAUAUCAAAAUAGAAAAUUGGGAUAAAACAUUUUUGCAAGUGGUGAAUCGUCUUAAAACAUUUCCAAGCAAGAGUCGCAGAGGGUAUAUCAUAAACCCAAUUAUCGGGCCAGAUCCAAUAACAGGAUCGAGUCGGAUGAAAUGUGGGACAGCUACGAAACUUCUUCUUGAGACAAUCUGUUUGACUGGACUCCUGGACAUGUAUCACUCCGAGGAGAAUAUUCAACCAUCAGAUCUCAUGCGAUGUUAUAACAUAGUGAACAAGGCCGUGUACAAGGUUAAACAAGAACUGUGUCGUAUCGUCGAAAAGGCUGGACAAUGUCUUCGCUCGGGAGGAAACAUUUAUUACAUUGGAGAUGACAGUUUGGCCAUCAUGGGUCUGAUUGAUGCCUCAGAAUGUCCACCCACGUAUGGUGCCACUUUAGAUGAUGUUCGGGGAUUUGUGGCCAAUGGUUAUAAAACGUUGCAAAACGUGGAAGGGGAUCUGUCUCACUUGGGUGAACAUUUUAGAAUCUCUCAUGACAAUUUUUGCACAGACAUAUCUCCAACUGACCGCGACAUAUUAAUUGCUAUAAAUUGUGAUAUACCACCGGCAAUAUCAACAAAGUGUACAAAGAAUGGGUGUCGGAUGAUGCUUAUUACGUUUAAAAAGGUAGAGGGAAAGGAUUUUACUCACCCGCUAUAUAUAGAGGAUCCGACAACUGAAAUAGACGAGUUAAUUGGGCCAGAAACCAGAAAGAUAGCUAGUCAAAUGUUCCGAGAAAUAGCUGUAAAGUGCUGUUUGAAUGCAAUCAGCACUGGGGCUCAUAUUUUGAAAGGAAAAGUGUACAGAAAUAUUAUGAUCGACGUUAAAGUAAGCAAUAACAAACUUUUCCACCGGGCGGUUGGAAUUCUCGAAAAACUUGGUCAAAUGUCAAAAACGAAGGCCAUGGAUUAUUUGUUAAGGUCUAUUUACAACACUGACGAGGUUUCGGAAGCUAUGAAUUCUAGACCAAUAACACAACAUAUUGCUGCUGCUACAGAACUUGAAAAGGUGGUGCCUGUUGCCCUCGUUGCCGCAGUAACCAACACUUCUAUAGCUGAUGCUAAAGUGGCAUUAUCUAAACACUCCGUUAUCAGAACUGCGAUAGUGCAAGCCCUGAAAAACAUUAGCUGACAUUUCUUAACCAAUACAAGCUACUUACAUGUAAUGGAUUCGCCCUUCUUUUGAAAUUAGAUCAGUCCAUUCGAAUUUUAGGGAAUAACGAUAUCAAAAUACAGAAAAUGAGCUACCAACAGUCUAGACCCUGGGUUCCGACUGGCCUGGCUCUAUAUUGGCGGUAAAGGUUUAUUAUUUUUGAUUCAGACAGGAUUUGGGUUUAUUGGGGGAGGGCCCCCGAUAAUGUUUGGCCCAACCCUUUUGUAUAUUUACAUUAAUGUUUUUAUAUAUAAUUGUGAAAAUUUAUGUAGGUAUAUAUAUACAAUAAAAUAUGUUUAAACGUUAAA